AUGAAUUAUAUCCGUGGUACGACCAAGCCUUUCGAGGGGGCCGCUUAUGUUGUCAACCACGAAGCGAAACAAAUCGCGCGGCUGGUCGCCAUGCGAUGGACGAGCAUCGUGGGAUACACAGGGGACCAAAAGAAGUAUAAAAAGGGAAAGAGAAAGACAAACGCCGACUGGCGCCCUUGGUGGCUGAGCCCGCUGUCGCCAGGCUCCUGGGAACUGCCCACGCUUGAGGCUUUCAGCCACAGCCACGACGCCUUUGAAAAUGAGAUAAAAGCAGGAAGCACUUUCAAAGACUGA